CAAGACGCACGGAGGGAGCUCUGAACCUCUUACCUCAAACUGUGGAGAAAAGAAGCUCUAAAUAAAAAUCUAAAUGAGCAAAUUCACUCAAUUCCCAGAUCUCUGCAACACAAAGAUCUAUAGGAGUACAUUCAGAGUUUACUCCUUUAUAUAGCUUCCACAGACUAGGCUCAGGCCAGUUUUCCAAAGGGCAUGCUUCAAAGCAACACAACAUACAUAGAGUGUCUUAGAAAAGAAUUUUUACUAGCAAACAUAAAGAUAUCACUCUUUCCGCCAUCUUUUCGUGCCGCCAUAACAGUGCGCAUGAAUGUCCUGGCUGAUGCCCUCAAGAGCAUCAACGAUGCCGAAAAGAGAGGCAAACACCAGUGCCUUAUUAGGCCAUGCUCCAACGUCAUCGUCUGGUUUCUGACUGUGAUGAUGAAGCAUGGUUACAUUGGUGAAUUUGAAAUCAUUGAUGAUCACAGAGCUGGGAGAAUUGUUGUCAACUUCACAGGGAAGUUAAACAAGUGUGGAGUGAUCAGCCCCAGACUUGAUGUACAGCUCAAAGACCUAGAAAAAUGGCAGAAUAAUCUGCUCCCAUCCCGUCAGUUUGGUUUAAUUGUAUUGACAACCUCAGCGGGCAUCAUGGACCACAAAGAAGCAAAAUGAAAACACACAGGAGGAAAAAUCCCGCGAUUCUUUUUCUAGGGAUGUAAAACAUACAUACAAUAAAAUGCCUCAAUGGACUCUGCUUCUAAAAAAAAAAACCAUAAAGAUAUCUAGAAAGUCAUCCUUGUCCUUCAUGAAAUUACAUGCAGUUGAAAAGAUUUAAAAAAUGAAAUAUUAAAUAUCAAUAAAAAUUAGAAAAACUAGGUCACAAAAGUAGUGAAAGACAUGUCAAAAAGCAAAAUACAGGACAGAAAAGUUCAUGCAGAUGUGAUAGGAAAUAAAAUCAUGUUACAUACAUUAACAGAUAAAACCCAGAUUUGUUGCCCUAAGCACCUAUCCAGCCUCAUCUCACACCCUGUCUUGUCUGUGUUCAGUUCAAGUUGGAAACUGGCCUUCUUUCUCUCCCUUCCAGCCUCAGGGCUUUGGCACUAGCUGUCACCUUUGCCUGAGAUGUUCUUCCCCCAGUCUUUAUCUGCCUAACUCCCCAUGGUUCAAGCCUCAGUUCAUGUCCUCUCUGUCAUCUUUCCUGACCACCUUUUUGCCCUGGUUCCCCCACACCCAGCACUCUCUGAUAGAUAACCUCACCUUGAUAGUUGGUCUCAUGAUCCAAGAUGAUCUUCUUUAUAUCAUCUAUUGCCCCCACUAAGA